UUCCGGAGAAAACAGCGACGGACUUUCGGCCCAGAAGUGGCGUUUGUUCCAUGGACUGAAGUGCUGACCGCUUCCUAAAGCUAUUUUUAUAUGGAUUUUAUAUAGACUAUAAAAAAGGGAUUUAAUUCUGUUGGACAAGGUGAAUACGGACUUCCCGUUCUGCUUGUUUCUCUUGAUCAUUUUCACCUGGACAACAUCACGAUGCGAGAGUUUCACCUGAACGAGACGUGCAAAAAUGGGUCUGUACUGACGCUGUGGUGUGGAUCCCAGACAGCUGUGUGUUUGGUCACCACAGAUCAAACUCUGAUCCUCACACACCUGAACAACAGUCGACAAACAGGUAUGCAAACUUACAGUUCAUACAACAUGUGGCUGGGAUUAACUCUUGCGCUGCUUUCGUCCUUCCUGAUUGGUGGAAGUGUCAUCCUCAAGAAGAAAGCUCUCAUCCGAUUGGCCAGCAACGGACACACCAGAGCAGGUGAUGGAGGAUAUGGCUACCUUAAAGACUGGCGGUGGUGGGGAGGCCUGUUGACCAUGGGAGGCGGAGAGGUGUGUAAUUUUGCUGCCUACAUGUUCGCGCCAGCCACACUGGUGACUCCCCUGGGAGCGCUCAGUGUCCUCAUCAGUGCGAUUCUCUCCUCCCACCUGUUGGGGGAGCAGUUGAAUGUGGUGGGGAAGCUCGGCUGUCUGCUGUGUGUACUCGGGAGCAUUCUGUUGGUCAUUCAUGCCCCACAAGAACAAGAAGUCACAUCAAUACAGGAUAUGACCAAUAAGCUGCUGGAGCCAGGUUUCCUGGUCUAUGUUGUGGCGGUGUUGGUUCUGUGUGCGGUUCUGGUGUUGUAUUUCUGUCCGCGGUCCGGUCGUUCCAACAUCCUGAUCUACAUCAGCAUCUGCUCGUUGCUGGGAGCCUUCACUGUAUCGUCUGUGAAGGGCCUCGCCAUAGCCAUCAACACCGUGGUUUAUGACAUCUCUGUGCUCAGCCACCCUCUUACGUGGAUCCUGCUCCUCACCCUCAUUGUUUCAAUAGUGACACAGGUGAACUACCUUAACAAGUCUCUGGACACCUUCAACACCCUACUGGUGUAUCCUAUCUACUACGUCCUCUUCACCUCUGUGGUCCUUUCCACCUCCAUCAUCCUCUUCCAGGAGUGGAGCAGCAUGUCUGCCGUGGAUGUGGUCACAACACUGGGCUCGUUCCUGGUCAUUGUGGUGGGCGUGGCCUUGCUGCACCUGUUCAGGGAGCUGCAGAUUACAAUGAAGCAGCUGACCAAUCAGCUUUCUCAUCCAGUGGAGAGGGAGGGACUUACAGAAGAGGUCACAACCAAUGGAAGAGGAGGAAGGAAUUUAAAGGAGGAUAAAUAUGGACUGAUGGACAAUGUAGUGAUAGAAAGUCUGCCUCCUAUGAGAGAGGAGGGACCCAGAGUCUUCAUAAUCAGCUGAAAAAGAGAAUUCCAGAAGUUUCUGUAUUGUUACUGAUAUUUCCUGCACUUUUUCAAACUUUAGCCGCCAUCUUAGUUUAUGCUUUAGGUCCCUCCAAUCUCACAUGACGGUAUUCAACAGUACAAUACCAGUCGACCUUUCUAAUUUGUAAAUAUUUAAGAAAUCUUGCCUGUAAAUGCCAAUUUAGUAGAAGGUUCAAAUAAUUUAUUGGAAAUAAGUACUUUAGAGCCCACACAAAAUAUGCCGUCCAAAGAAUAAUAAAUAAGACAAAGUCGACAGAAAACAAGAAAAUCCAAAACGUGUAUCAAAGUUUACCAUCAAACUAGUUAGUUAAAUAAUAUCAAACUGCUCCUCAUAGCUGUCAUUAACCUUGAGCAUUUUAAAGAGUUUAUUCUUUUUGAUCAUACAAGUCAACGACAUUAAAUUAUCAGAUGAGUUGGUGUCCUCCGUUAGACUGAUGGACUCCAAACUGGCUCUGCCUCUUCUUUCACAGGAGGUUUGGCUGGAAAGAUGAGUUUUUCCGUGAUGUCUCAGGCUGUUCAUAAAGCACCAGUUGGACUGGCUGAGUCCCAAGAAGAUGUUAAUUUAACAGACCAUCAUGGCACCAAAGAAGGUUCUUUUUUCAGUUGACCUUUUCCCCCCCAAUAUCUUUUUCAAAUUUUUUGUGCUACUAGUGGCCUGUAUUAAACAGUAGAAAGGCAGAGACUAAAUAAAUGUAAAAGUCAAAUGUAA